UCCGAGCCGCUCGAAUAUCUGUUUUGUUUCCGCGAAGCGCUUAGCCGGAGACCUGUAUUUGUGACGUGCGCAAUUUGAGAGCGUGGCCAGUGCGGUCGCGUUCGAUCCUGAAACCGUUGAAAGAAGGUUUCAUGCGAGCGCGUCGCCGGACCCGCACGAGGAGCGGAGCAAACAUCCGCACAGCCGCGUCAUCGGCGCUGCGCCCGCCAGCAGCCGGGCGGGUUGGAUUUCCACACAGCCGCCUUAGUUCACGUGAAUGAAGAGCCACCAUGGCAUGAUAUAAGAGCCCAGGACCGCAAACAGCAGGUAUACAGAGACAGAGCCGCCAUCGGGACGAUUAGUUAAGCUCUGACUACAGGACACGUUUCCUGCCGAGUCCCGGGCGGGAUGGUGGAGCAGUCGGACCGGGCUCCGCUGCUGGACUGGGAGGAGGUUCCUCCUCCUCCGCCGCCGCCCGGCGUCGCCAGCGCGAGUCUCCCGUCUCCGCGGAAGGACUUGCGCGAGAGGAUCCUCGCGAACAGCCGCGCGCUCGGACACACGGGCCCCGGCACGGGAUGGAGCAGCGGCCCCGAAGCCCCCGCCGCCGCCGUGGGGGACGUGGACCUGCAAUCGGGCGGCUUCCGCGACGGGACCGAGCGGGAAGGAGAGAAGCCCGGCGGCGGCGGCGGCGGCACAGGCCGGCUCAGUGCGUGGGACGGGCAGGAGAGGGACCAGAUCGUGGCCGUGUUCGUGGUGACCUUUGACACGAGAUCAGGGAACAUAGUAGAGUGGUGUCUGCCUGAGGAUGUGAACCUUGAAGGGGUGGAGUUCAAGUCCAUGGCCAGCGGUUCCCACCGAAUCUCUAACGACUUCAUAUAUUUCCGUAAAGACCGCUUCUUCGGCCUGGCGUGUUUUGCUAACAUGCCGGUGGAGAGCGAGCUGGAGCGAGGGGCUCGCAUGAAGUCGGUGGGCAUCCUGACCCCCUCGUAUACCCUGCUGUACCGCUACAUGCACUUUUUGGAAAACCAAGUCAGGCACCAACUGCAGUAUCCUGGACAGUACACCCCACUGGAAGCCUUUUUUGAGGACAAGAAGGCAGUGUUGCCCUCUGGGGGGGACAACCUUAUUACAGCCUGUCCAGGCAGAGCAUUGGGGCCAACAGUGAACCGCUGCUGCGUUUAUCCCGAGAUGAAGAUCACUCAUCCGGCUGGCUGCAUGUCCCAGUUCAUCCGCUUCUUCGGGGAGCGAAUUAUGGUGCUGUGGAAGUUCGCCUUACUCAGGAAGCGCAUACUCAUCUUCUCACCCCCACCUGUAGGAGUGGUCUGCUACAGAGUCUACUGCUGCUGCUGUUUGGCCAAUGUUUCUGUCCCCGGUGUGGGAGUGUCAGUCCCUGAACUACGCCCAUUUUUCUAUAUCAACGUAGCUGACAUCCCCGUCCUGGAGACCGAGCUGUCUUAUGUGGCCUGCACCACAGAGAAGAUCUUUGAGGAGAAGAAGGAGUUGUAUGACGUGUAUGUGGACAACCAAAAUGUAAAGACCCACAGAGAGAGCCUGCAGCCACUGCUUCGCCUCAACAGUGCCGACCGGGAGAAGUACAAGAAGCUCAGCGAGCAGAGACAGAUGCUGGUAUACUCUCAGAAUGUAAAUGCUGACUGCAGUUCCAGUGAGGAGGACCUCUUUAUUCUGUUCUUCAUGGAGCAGAACAACCGGAUCUUCCAGACAUUGUCUGAGGUGGCAGGAAGUGCAGACCCCACCCUGACAGCAGACCACAUGAAGGCCAUGGGUCUGGAUCCUCAGGGGGACCACAGUUUUUUGGUGGACCUUUUGGAGGUCUAUGGUAUCGAUGCCAUGUUGGUCAUUGACAACCCCUGUUGCCCCUAAGACUGCCCCAUAUAUUGCUCUUGGCUCUCUCUGUACAUUCAGAUUACCCCCAUGUUUAUGUCUUCUCAAGUAAACAGCCCAGAAACCAUCCUUUUCGCAGCUGAUUUUACAGGCAUGUUAAAAUGUCAGCAUCAUUGUGUGUAGCACCGUGUCAGUGUUGUCUUACUCUGAUGGCAGUACAUCAAUGAGCCCUGUAACAUUCUGCUGAUUACAAUGAGUAGUUCCUGCAACCUGUCAGUGACACAUGUUUAGAUCUUUUUCUUAGCAAAGUGUGUGUAAAAUUUAAUUAAAUUGAUGAUCAGCUUUAUAAAGAUGGUUUUUUUUUUUUAUGGAUCAGAGUAACAUCUGAUUGAACUCUAACCCCGAAAGAUGCAACUACACCUGUUUCUCAUGAUUUUUUUUUUUUCCUAUAUUUUAUGAGAAAGUCUAUUCAUACACAAUGAUCAUAGUUCAGUGUGUUUGGUGAUCCUGUUCAAGAUACUGUAUGUGUGUGUGUCCAGGAAUGGUGUUGUUACACAUUUGUGCAUGCAUCGAAUACAACCCACUUCGUGUAAGAGGCAUUGCUGCCGGGGUGUAUGUUUUGCUUUGGAUAAAACCAGAAUGUCUAUAUUUUUUUAAAGAAAGAGAGACAUACAAAAUGUAUUUUGGGUGCAGUUGAUUGUAGGAGUCUGCUCAUAAAUAUUUAUUAGGGCUUUUUUGGCAACUUUUCAAGUGUCAGAGAGGAGGGGAAUAUCCAAAAGACUGUGUUUAAUGUACAUAAAAUACUUUAUUUAGCUUACUUUCUUACAAAGGAUGUUUUUAAAAUACAUCUCGGUGUCUCCUGCAAUGGACUGGCAUACCCUUCAGAGUGUACCCCUCCAGUUAUGCACCCAGUGAUUCCAGGAUAGGCUCUGGCCCAGCAGCACCCUGCUCGGGACAAGCAGUUAUUGAAAUUGGAGGGAUGGAUGUCAUUGUUUGCAAGUUGAACUGUGAGCAUUGUGAAGAAAUAUAAACAAAUAUAAUGGUCUAAUUUAUGUAGUGGGACAUCGAAAUAUACUCAGAGCAAUCUCCAGAAAUUAGGUUUCAUGUUUUGAUUCAGGUGGGAAAGGGUGACUCUCUACGGAAGUUUAAUCAGAAAAAAGUGCACCGGUGUAAUAAAUACAAAAAUACU